UUCUCUCCAGAUUGAAAAUGUCUUCCCCAACACUACACAGUGCACCUUUAAACAAAAUCCUCUCACCAAGAGAUUAUCUGUGACACCUGUGAACUUCUGCUCCACCGAGGGGGGAGUGGAGCUCAUCUCUGAGGUGAGGAACGGGUACUCGCGUACUGAGUAAUCAGUUUCCUCUCCGGAGUAAAGCCCAGCCACACACGCGCCGGUGUAUCACAGCAGAUGACGAGGUGCGCAGACUGCGAGCCACGCACCACUGGUCGGGGCAAAGCCACAGGAUUUGGAUUAAAUAGCUUGUGAGGGAGCCGAUGAGCCUUGGGCGCGGGAGGGGAGGGAGCUAAGGGGCUGAUUUUUAUCUUUUACCGGAGCGAGAAGGGGAGGAGGCACGGAGAAUGAGUUAUUCUUGGAGCAGCGCAGAGCCUGUUUGCUGUGCGGCGUAUUAGCCGGCGCGCAACUAAAGGCUGCGACGCAAGUAAAUCGGCUCCUGCGGCGACGACGCCGAGAGCAGAAGAAAAGCCUCAGUCCGUGUCCAGGUCUCGCACCGAACAGUCCUCUUCAGCCGGACAUGAAAGUGCAGCAAGGCUGCAACUCAUCAGACAUGGGGAUCCCGGUUAGAACUGAAGAAGAACUGCGCAGAAAUACCGUAAUAACGCCCGAGGAUGUGCUGGGGCUGCAGAAGAUCACAAAGAAUUAUUUGUGUUCUCCAGAAGAAAAUGUCCACAUGAUCGACUUCACCAGGUUUAAGAUCCGCGACAUGGAAACAGGGACAGUCCUGUUUGAGAUCACCAAACCUCCAGCACCAGCAGCAGGCAAAAGGCAAUGUGACCCCAAUGCCGGCCGUUUUGUCCGAUACCAGUUCACCCCCGCCUUCCUGCAGUUGCGGCAGGUUGGAGCCACAGUGGAGUUCACAGUGGGAGACACACCCAUCAACAACUUCCGCAUGAUUGAGAGACACUACUUCCGCGAUCAGCUGCUCAAGAGCUUUGAUUUCGAGUUCGGCUUCUGCAUGCCCAGCAGCAAGAACACAUGCGAGCACAUCUACGAGUUCCCCGCGCUGUCUGAGGAUAUCAUGAGCGAGAUGAUCCUGCACCCUUACGAGACGCAGUCUGACAGCUUCUACUUCGUGGACAACAAGCUGGUGAUGCACAACAAGGCAGACUAUUCCUACAGCGGGGGGCCGUAGGAAGAGCAUCCUCCCCCCUUCACUCCUCCCUGUUCUAGACAUUUUCCAGAAUCCAUGUAUGACUUCAGGACCAGAUUAACUGAUGGACAGUUCGCUGGCAGUAAAGCACUCUUGUCUCACUCCUGUUAACUCUGUGAAUUUCCAUUCAGGUAUUCAGCUGCCAGGCCGUAAUAAGAUUUCUCUCUUUGCAAGAACAUCGAAUUCUGUCAGUUUUAUCAUCUGUGUGUGUGUGUGUGUGUGUGUGUGUGUGUGUGUGUGUGUGUGUGUGUGUGUGUGUGUGUGUGUGUGUGUGAGCGUGUGGGCAGCAAACACAUGCAGUGUCCGUACAUACUGUUGAUUUCAGUCAGUGUGUAUGUGGGUUCCACGGGAUCAUCAGGAAAACAUUGAUUCAUUUACAUCCUGUGUGUUUUGAUAGCUGUUAACUGAAGAGAAAAAAGGGGACAGCGAGUGUUGUUUGUUCUCACUAAACCAGACAAGGCAACAAAGAGAGAAAUUAAGUUAACCUAAAAAAAAAAAAAACUUUGAGAAUAAUUAAUCCAUUCAGAUGUACAAUUACAUAGUUUGUAUAGGAAUCUCAUUUUACUCCUGAAGGUUAUUAAUUCUUACUAAUUUCUAGUAGCACACAUCUGAGAGAUUCCUCCUACGAUCUCGGUCCGUCGUCGUCCAUCUGAAUGACAAGCAGAAACGUGUCCUCUGUCUAAUGUGAAUGUGUCACUUGUUGUAUGUUUUCAUGUGCAUAGUACUACUACUACUAAUUCAGGAGUGUUUUUUAAAUAAAUAGCCAUUUUGAAGGUGUCAGGAAACCUACAUUAGCCAAAAGUCAGUCAAUUUUGAUAUCCGGUACAUUCUCUGUAGUACAGAACACUGUGUACAUUGUAAUUAUGAUUCAUGUUUUCAAGUAUGAAAUGGAAAAGUAUGUAAAGUUUUGACAGCGGAAAUUCCAUCACUGCAAUAAAUAUGGGAUUUUUUCGAAAUCUUGA